ACUGUUUUACAAAAUACACCUGUUGUAAUAUUUUAGAAGCAGACUGAAAAGUAGGCCUAGCCCUGGGUUAUAGCCUAUUUGCAUUUGAAAUGGGGAGGGAUAGAAUUAGCCUGUAAGGAAGCAUAAAGUGAAACUACUCAAGUAAAGUACAGGUAGGCCAAUUUAAAGGUGAACCUAAGCACGGUAGUUAGGCUGCUUGAACAAAUGUAACUCGCCUAGUUGUUUCUCACCACAACUGUAGACAUAGCUUGUCUGUCUUAUUAUCGACAGCAUUCACAUGAAACACGUGACAGGAAGUGUGUGGUUGCUUAGAAACCAGGCUGUAAACGUCCGGAGGUAGCCAGAAGAACCGAGAAGCUACAGAAGCCUCAGAAACAAAGUUCUGGACGCCUUUCUUUGUCCGUCGAGCAUUGUGUUGUUAGUACCGAUGUCAAACCGGAAUCCUUUCCCUUCCCCAAAGUUAGAAGGCGACUUCUCUUUCAGCGGCUUCACACCGCAGCAGAGAAAAACAUAUGAUAAGCCAACUCACAUCGCCCAGAUGGAAGAACCCUGGAGUCGCCUGCAUGAUGCCGCUACUUUGGCCAGCACCUGGCGGAGCGUCUGGUGUCGUAAGCAUCAGGCUCCAAGUGACAGCCUCGACUUCCAGCUGAAGUCGGUCUACGAUCAUCACAAAGAUUUCUUCUGGAGUAAGAACCAGAUUUUAUACCAGAAGGAGACAGUCUGUGAGGACCACAGGAAACAGGAAAACCUAAAGCUGGACAAAGAAAAGAAAGAUACAGACAUGAGAGUGUGGGUUGACCCUUUGAGGCGCUCCAUUUACAGCAUCAAGUGAAGGACAGGAGACCCCUGGCCCCUGCAGCAGAUGUCUAUGUGUAGAAACUAAGAUUAACAAACCUAAUGCUUCUCAUUUAAACCCUAGACUGGUGUAAUCUGACUCCAGUCUAAACCCACUGAGGCUGGGGUGAAUCUGGCAUGUCCCUAUGCCAGAGAGGAGGAGGGGGGCAGCUUUUAUUCACCAUGAAGCUUCCAGUACUAUUGCCUCUGACUGCAAACAACAUCAUAGGCCUAUUCAGUGAACUUUUGUAAUCAUUCUGCUUUUCCAAAUGCUACAUAUAGAAAACUGAAAGGUAAUUCUUUCAUAUAAAGUGAGGACUGAAAUAGAUGCCUUUACUCAUAGAAUGUCCAAAAAAAUGCAAAUUAGCCCGAUUUUACAAUAAUUUCAUUCACAAAACCUAAUAAACAGUGGAAAAAGA